AUGGGAAAGAGAUUGCAAGCAAAACACCUAAAGCAUAGUCCGAAUUUAAUCCCCCAGACUGAAACUCAAAAAGCAUCCACAUUUCUCGUUAAAUCUAGAACACCAUAUGUUUCUGCUCUAAAAACCAUAACUAAGCAACUUGAAAAGUUUGAGAAGACAUCAAAUAUCAAAAAAUUCCAAAAUUUACAAUAUAAACGAGUGAAAUAUAUAACUGUGAAAGGAAUGGGGAAAUCUAUUGAGAAGACAUUGAGUAUUUUAUUGAAUUUUCAGGAACGGUAUAAAGUUGAUAUUUUGACUGGUAGUGUUGAAGUGCUCGAUGAGUUUGAAAUGGAGAAAAAAGAAGGCGAAGAUGUGGAUGACGAUGAGGAAGGGGAAAAAGUGUAUAAGAAACGAAUGGUAAGUUCUGUAGAAGGAAGAAUAUGGUUGAAAAGAGAUUGA